AUGAGCCAACAUCAAAAGCAACAGCCAAAGCCAAUUGAACAACCUACAAUAUCACGCGAAGCAGCACAAGAGAUUAGACAUCAGCCACAAUAUCAGCCAGAUCCAGCAGAUCAAAUGACUAUGAUGUUAACAAUGGGUAUGACUUUUCUGAUGAAAUUAGAUCCAAUAUUUUUAUGGGGUGCUUGGUUCUUCAUGAUCUCCUUGGCAAUUAACCGCGGAAAAAUGGGAUCAAUCUUCAGUCAGUCUUUGAUCGUCUCAGUAAUGCUCCUUAUCUUUAUUGGACUGACAUAUUGGAACAUUGCACGUGGAGCAAGACCACCACCAUCCAAAUGGACUUUGUUUUAA